UCCAGCCAUGGCACCUACAGUCUCUCCAGUAAUGACUAAUUCUCAGGACCAUCUCACUCUGACUCAUAAGCUCACAAAGCCUCUGGUGGAGAAGAUCCGCAGAUAGAGAAUCAACAGCAGUAUUGAACAGCUCAAGUCUCUCCUGGGUCCAGAGUUCCUCAAACAGCAGCCAGACUCCAAACUGGAGAAGGCAGACAUCCUGGAGAUGACCGUUUGCUUCCUGACAAGACUGCAGCAAUAGUGUCAUCCUGUGGACUCAGCAGCUGUUGAUAAGAGCUAUUCCAGGUGUGCCCAAGAGAUGGUGAACUUCCUGUCAAAGGUGGAGGUGAAGACUCAGUCCCAGAGAAACCUGCUGAACCACAUCAACCAGCUGCACACUUCCUCUGAUAAAUGCCUGAGUGAGGCUGACUUCUCUCCUCUGAGCUACACAGUCCAGACCAGCAUCACCAAAGACAACACAGUCACCAUUUUUCUUUCAGGAUUUUUCUUUCUUUAAAAAAAAAGACUUGUUCUUCUGUAUGCUCAGAAGGUUUUACUUUGUGUGUGUUUGUUCUUGGUCACAGAUGACAUUUCCUGAGGAAAUGACACCAACGAUCUUUCUAAUAGAGAGAGAAAACAUUUUGUCAUGCAAUAGACAAGCUUAAAGACCAUGUUGGUCAAUGAUUGCAAGAUUGCAUUCAGUCUUUUUCUUCUGUGUUUACAGAAGGUUUUAUUUUAAACUAAAUGCAUUGUAUGUAAAUAUAUAUGUUUUAAUUACUCAGGAUGGACUUGUGAAAUUAUUUUUAUCCUUUUGUAUAAAAGGGUAGAUAGAAGCAUGUCUAGU